AUGGCAGAUGCCGAAGACAUUCAGCCUCUUGGUGUUGAUAAUGGAUUUGGCAUGGUUAAGAUGGUUUUGCUGGAGAUGAUGCUCCAAGGGUUGUCUUCCCCAGACAUGGUUAGUAUGGGCCCAAGGGUUGCUUAUGUUGGAGAUGAGGCCCAAUCUAAAAGGGGCAUGCUUACUUUGAAGUACCCUAUGGCGAGUGGAAUUGCCAGCAAUUGGGACGAUAUGGAAAAGAUCUGGCAUCACACUUUCUACAUUGAGCUACGCGGGGCUCUCGAUGAACGUCCGAUGCUCCUUAUUUAA